UUAUACUUUGUGGAAAAUUGGGGAUUUCUCGAUUUCAUUUCUGAGAAGUAUGUAAUAUUGAGAAGCCAGAUGCGUUUUGCGUUAGGAAUAAAUCCCCGGUAACGAGUAGGAUAACCUAUCUGAAGAGUCAAUUAAUGAUUGAAGAUAAUCAGUAUGGCAGAUGAUCCACCUACCAGAGAUGUUAAGGAGUUUCAGUUCCAGCAGAUGUGCAAGGUUCAGGUGGCAGCCAGACAGACCGACUCUGUUCCCAAACACAGGUCACAACUGCUGGCUGUGUCCAACAAAUAUGGAUUGACUUUUGUUGGUGUGCAGGAAGGCUUUAAGGUCAUAAAAACCAUUGAUCUCAUCAAUGCCGAUGCCAAUGAAUCAGACAAGAACAAGGUGGUGACUGACCUCCCUAUGUGGACAGUGGUCAGUACAGAGAGUGCCCCCACCCACCUGGCCCUCAGCAAUGAUGAUAUGACCCUGGCCGUGUGUGUAGAGAGGGAAGGGUUACCUUUGGUCUUACUGUAUGACAUCAGGGUGUUUGCUGAGAAGGAUUCUAAGCCAAGAACUUUCCAUACUAUCCCAUUAUACACUAGCCCCAGUGUCAGACUGGUAGACUUUGUAUGGAACCCUGGCACAGACUUCCCUGCUGUCUUUGCUGCUGUCAUGUCAGAUGGUAGCUUGAAGUUGAUGGAAGCCACAGAAAAUCUGAAGAUAAUGGGCAGCUUGAAGGCUGGCUCUGGGGUCACUGCAGUAUGUUGGAGCCCUAAAGGAAAACAGAUAGUGGUUGGAAAGAAGGAUGGUACCAUGCAACAGUACGACCAAGAGUUAAAACUCAAGAAGAAUAUUGCAGCGCCCACUAUUUUUCAAGACCCCAUGAAAGUCCUAGAUAUUCAGUGGUUGACAACCUUCACAUUUCAAGUGGCUUACAUGCCCCAAGGAGAUGCCAUCACAGAGCAGCCUUCACUUGUGUUUGUACACGCCCCAAAAACUGGCAAUUUAGUUUUCACCAAUUAUGAAGAUGUGUGUUUUGGCCAGGGAGAGGACAGAGAACCUGUUUAUUAUCUUCACCAUAUCAUCAAGUGGGGGGUAAUGACGGUGGCUUCUGCCAAUGCUACAGAGUGUGGAAUUCUGGGCAAGAAAGCAGAUAACCAGGAAUGCUGGGAAUUGUGGACCCUGGAGGACAGUGGGCGUGCUCAGCUCCCCACCACAGAGGAUUACGAUGACACUUAUCCUGUGGGUGUGGCCAUAGAUUAUACAUCACAGAGGCAGAUACCACUGGGGGAAGAUAAGUUCCAUCCCCCUGCCCCUGUUUAUAUGCUCCUCAACACAGAUGGACAGUUGCUUUUGUUUUAUAUGAUGAAUUAUUUCCCUGGAGCCGAGCAGCUGACAUGUCCACCACAGGUGCUGACAUCUGCUGGGGCAAGAAUUGGAAAGGGCGAAGAGCAGGCAAUCCCAAAACAACCAGCAGCGGUAGCACCAUCAACUACAUCUGCUGCACCUGCCAAGACAAGCUUAUUUGGUAAACCAGGAGGAGGCUUUUCUUUUAGUGCAGCCCCAACUAGUGGUGGUUCUGGGGGGUUUGACCUGGCUAAGCCCCUUGGACAGGCAACUGCAAUGUCUGUGCCAAAACCCAGUCAAGGAGCUGCCACAACUUCUGCUCUCGGUGCAACCAAAUUUACCUUUGGUGCAGGAACCACUGGAGCACCAUCUGGUGGAUUGUUUGGAAGCACUGCAGGGCUGCCCUCUAGUGGCAGCGGCUUUACACUGGGCUUUGGCACCACUGGGCAACAGCCACCAAAAUCUGUUCCUCCUGCAAAUACGAUCAUGUCUGCUGCCCCUGUGGCAACUACUGCACCACUGACGUCAUUAUUCAGCAUGAAAGGAGCUCCUCCCAGUUAUACCAGCAGCCUGGCUGUGAAGUCCACACCAGGAGCAGCCAUGUUUGGAGGGAGCAGGCCUCUGACUGGUGACCAGACAGAUGCAACAUCCGCAGGGUUUGGUGUGCCUCAGCAAGUUUCAUCAUCAUCUGACCCACCAGGGCUCUUCUCGCAACCCAAACCAGUCACAACACAACCUUUUGGACAACCAAGCACUGGUCAACUCUCUGGUAUUCUCGCCGGCCAGUCAAAGUUACCACAAGUUACCAUAGCAACAACACAGCCGCAGCAGCAGCAGCUCAGACCCACCAUGACAUCACUGCCUCAACAGCCAGCGUCAUCUAUUAGCAAACCUAUUGCAGUGUCGCACCCUGUUCAGGUUUCUACCACUGUAGCUCAGCCUGUUUCGUCAGCUUCAAGAGACCCACAGCCUCAUGGGAUAGGAUCUGUGAGCCAUCCCUCUCCUGAGACUACUGGGAUGCCAUCUGGAGGCAAAAUUUCAGCCAAUCAAACAGUUGAGAGCACUUUUACAAGGAGCAUUGUGGAAGAGAUGUCCCACUUUGAAAAGGAGAUGCAAGACUUGAAGAGCCGGUCCUCACAGUGUCAGUACAAAGUUGGCACUAAAGAGGAGCUGUCAAAACUAAGGAAAGACACAGAGUCAGUGGAGUUGUUCAUCAAGGAAAUCAAGACUGUGACCCAGGCAAGUAACAGUGAGAUCCACUCUUUAAAAUCUGAUGUUUUGGAAGCCUUCACACAGCUUGAGGAGUGCCAUGUCAGACAACAGCGCAAUAUGGAGCCUCGUUAUCAACAGCUCCUAAAAUCUCGUGCCCUAGAUCCCAUGAGCACAGCCAAGAUGAAACAGCUGCGAGCUGUGACACAGAAUAUUGAAAAGACCCUAAAUGAUGCUAACUUUAAACUAGAUGAAGAGUGGGAGAAUCAGCAAGACAAGAAGGCCAAAGGGAGGCAGAUGCAGGCCCCCUCCACUGACACAAUCUACAGAACCCUAAGUAACAACCACAAUCUGAUCCUGUCAAUGACCAAGAGGAUUGAGAGUCUGGUGACAGAUUUGAAAGCCAUGAAGUUACAUAACCUGACGGCUUCUUGGGAAAAUAGGAGCUUUAGCAUCCCAGAGGAGAAGAGUGACCUUGAACACCAGGAGUUGGCCAGUCUGGCUGAUAGUCUGCUGGAGACCAGACUGUCUCCAAAGAAACCCCCCGUGAAGAGUUUGUCACCAGAGAAGCAGUCCAGACUCCGUCAGUUGCUGGGAAGGAGGGCAGUGACACCUGUGAAAGUGACAGCUCCAGCCAAUUUAUCCAUGUCCAAGAUAGUCUCUGCACAGGAUCUUCGCAGAGUCUUGUCUAAGAGAUUUGAGGAAGAUUCUUUUAUUGAAGAGAAACCCCGUGAUACUGUCACAGAACUUAAGGCUGCUGCUAAGGUGAAGGAGAGCCCAGGAAUUAAUGAGGAAGAGAAAAUUCCUUCCACUACCCAAGUUGUUCUUGCUUCUAUGACAGCUAGAAAGGGGUUGUUUACAUCACCAGCGUCAACUUCAACACCCUCUCGACCCUUGACCUUUGGAACUGGUCCGGUGCCUCCAUCUGGCGGCAUGUUUGGUGGAGCAAAGAUGGCUGAGAGCCCUGGUCCUGCCCUAGGCAACCUUAUGUCUGCAGCACCAGCAAAGCCGACAACUACCACAGUUACAGUUUUGUCUGGUACUAAGCCUGCAGACACUGGUUUGUGGCCAACCUUUGGCAGCAUGUUUAACCCUGGGGCUGCUGGUACCAUCAAAUUUGGCACCGACAGCACCUUUAGCAGAGGGCCUCCAGCAAAUGAACCUUUUCAGGAACCUCAAGUUGAAGACUUGACUCCAGAGUCUACAUCAGAGAGUGGAGAUGAGGAGGAGGAAGAAGACAGAGUGGAGGACCUGGCUGAGGAGGAUAACCAAGCUGGUGUUGGCCAAACCUUACUAGCUGCAAGUGGCUCUGCAGGAGCUACUGGAUUGAAAAUUGGUUUCAUGGGAGGAAAUCAGACCAGCUUUACCUUAGGAGAGUUUGCAUUUUGGAAAGCAAUGCAAAGCUCAUCAGAGAAACCACCUGUUAAGUCUGAAGCAAAACCAACAAGUGGGUUCUCAUUUAGUGCCCCUCCUCCCACUACAGUCUCUUCAAGUGGAAAAAGCACUGCAGCUUCAACUUCAACCACAACUGCAACUGUCAGCCCUUCUGUUUCCUCUGGAGCUGCAGCGCCAACACGUACUACUUUAUUUGGUGGAACUGGUUAUGUAUUGGGGUCAAAACCUGCAGCAACUGUGACAACAGCAAAAACAACAUCUGCAACUACAGCCAGUGUUUUCAGUGGUUCUGGUGGCAAACCAAGUGAAGGGAGCACCACUUCUGUCAGUCAAGGCUUAGUGGGGAAGCCUGAAGCAGCCAACAGUUCACCAAAAGUCAGCGUGUCUGGUGAUGCUGGGGCCGAACAAGGUGAAGGGGGGGCCACUUCUGUCACUUUUGGCCAAAGCUUGAAUGGGAAGCCAAUAGUACCCACAAGUUCAGUACAAGUGGAAGAGUCAUCCCCAGUGGUUUCAAAAGUGGAAACGGUUACAACAACAACUUCUUCAGCUUUUGGCUCUGGCUUUUCUUUGGCAACAGGCACAUCGGCACCAUCUGGUGGAUUUUCCUUUGGGGGAUCCAACUUUGGUGGAACUGCAACUACAUCUUCAUCUGUGGCUGGGGGUGCGGCAGGGAGUGCUGCACCAGCAACAUCUGGUGUGGGUCUCUUCGGAAAAUCAACUGCCAGUUCAGGGUUUGGAUUUGCAUUUACUCAGCCAACAACAGGGGCAUCUGUAUUUGGUGGAUCUUCUACAGUGACUGCUACAACAGCACCAGCAACAACAACUGCAGCAUCAGCACCUUUAGGAACAGUAGCAACUACUGCAACAGCAGAGACAACAACAGCUGUUACGACUACUGCUGCAACAAGUUCAUUGUCUGGAGGCACUUCAACUAGCACUACGACCACUGCAACUUCAUUAUUCAGUGGUGGUGGAGCAGGCACUGGGUUAUUUGGGCAGGCAACUACCAGUGGAGCUACAGGGUUUACGGCCCUGGGCAGAGGGGGGACUUCACUCUUUGGAGGUCAAGGUCAACCAGCUACAAGUAACACAGAGGCAGCAGCUGCCACAACUACUAUUACUACUACUACUACUACUACCACAGCUCCUACUGCAGCAACUUCUACAACUUCAUUGUUUGGUGGUAUACAGACUACCACCUCCUCCACUGGGGUGUCCAUAUUUGGUACCCAACCCUUAGCUAGUACAUCUUCUGUAUUUGGUGGUACCCAACCUUCAACAAUUACAUCUUCUGUAUUUGGUGGUACCCAACCUUCAACAACUACAUCUUCUGGAUUUGGUGGUGCCCAACCUUCAGCUACUACAUCUUCUGUAUUUGGUGGUACCCAACCUUCAGCUACUGCAUCUUCUGGAUUUGGUGGAACCCAACCAUCAGCUACUACAUCUUCUGUAUUUGGUGGUACCCAACCUUCAGCUACUACAUCUUCUGUAUUUGGUGGAACCCAACCUUCAGCUACUACAUCUUCUGUAUUUGGUGGAACCCAACCUUCAGCUACUACAUCUUCUGUAUUUGGUGGAACCCAACCUUCAGCUACUACAUCUUCUGUAUUUGGUGGAACCCAACCUUCAGCUACUACAUCUUCUGUAUUUGGUGGAACCCAACCUUCAGCUACUACAUCUUCUGUAUUUGGUGGAACCCAACCUUCAGCUACUACAUCUUCUGUAUUUGGUGGAACCCAACCUUCAGCUACUACAUCUUCUGUAUUUGGUGGAACCCAACCUUCAGCUACUACAUCUUCUGUAUUUGGUGGAACCCAACCUUCAGCUACUACAUCUUCUGUAUUUGGUGGAACCCAACCUUCAGCUACUACAUCUUCUGUAUUUGGUGGAACCCAACCUUCAGCUACUACAUCUUCUGUAUUUGGUGGAACCCAACCUUCAGCUACUACAUCUUCUGUAUUUGGUGGAACCCAACCUUCAGCUACUACAUCUUCUGUAUUUGGUGGAACCCAACCUUCAGCUACUACAUCUUCUGUAUUUGGUGGAACCCAACCUUCAGCUACUACAUCUUCUGUAUUUGGUGGAACCCAACCUUCAGCUACUACAUCUUCUGUAUUUGGUGGAACCCAACCUUCAGCUACUACAUCUUCUGUAUUUGGUGGAACCCAACCUUCAGCUACUACAUCUUCUGUAUUUGGUGGAACCCAACCUUCAGCUACUACAUCUUCUGUAUUUGGUGGAACCCAACCUUCAGCUACUACAUCUUCUGUAUUUGGUGGAACCCAACCUUCAGCUACUACAUCUUCUGUAUUUGGUGGUUCCCAACCUUCAGCUACUACAUCUUCUGUAUUUGGUGGAACCCAACAUUUAGCCACUACAUCUGUAUUUGGUGGAACCCAAGUUUCAGCUACUACAGCCUCAGUAUUUGGUGGAGCACAACCCACAAGUUCUACCAGCACCACACCACUUUUUGGUGGUGAACAGUCUGCCACCACUGCAACCACUGGCACAACGCUCUUUGGUAAUUCACAGGUGUCAAGUUCAACUGCAACACCACCCUUAUUUGGUAGCACACCAACUGCAAGCACUGCUACUUCAGCCCCGCUUUUUGGCAGUGCUCAACCCAGCACAACUUCCACUGGUGCAGCAUCCAUAUUUGGUGGUGGUUCCACUGUGACCUCUGGUGGAACAUUUGGGUCCUCUGGUGGUACAUCUGUCUUUGGUGUCCAGCCUUCAACCACAGGUGGAUCUGCCUUUGGGUCAAGCACAUUUGGACAGAGUGGCACAGGGUUGUUUGGUCAGCAGCAGACCUCCACAGCAACCAGUGGUACUGGAACUGGUCCAUUUGGCACACCUAGUGCAUCAGAGGCCCCUGGGGGUCUCUUUGGAGGUGGUGGGGGCCUGUUUGGGGGUCUGGGAGGAAAGCCAAGUAAAGAGAAUGCCAGUAAAAAUGUAUUUGGAGGAACUGGAUUUCAAGCUGCUCCAGCCAGUCAAGGAUCCAGUUUGUUUGGUUCCUCUGGUACCACCACCACCAGCCCCUUUGGUUCCCCAGCUCCCAGUGUAUUUGGGGCUGGCACCAGUGGUGGGGGUGGGGGUGCUUUCAGCAGUGGAAGUGGAGGGGUGGCACAGACAGGUUUUGGAGGAUUCAGCCAGCAACAACAACAAAAUAAACCACCAGGUGGGUUUGGUGCUUCUCCCACUUUUGGUGGAGCUGCUUCCUUUGGAGGACGACCUGCCUUUGGAAGUCCCCCUGCAUUUGGCAGCAGCAGUGUCUUUGGUGGAGGUGCUACAUUCAGCAGUCCUGUAGGUGGCAGCACAUUUGGGUCCUCCCAGACAGCCCAGGGUGGAGGUUUUGCUGCGUUUGCCAAUGCUGGAAGUAGCCCUACAUUUGGAGCCCUGGCCCAGGGGGGGAACACCCCAAGUUUUGGAAGUGCUGCCCAAUCCCAAGCUGCACCCACAUUUGGUGGGUUUGGAAGCCCUCAGGGGCAGCAACAAACAUCCCCCAAUUUUUCUGGAUGGCGCUAAAUGUGAGGUUUUUUAGAACAAGCCUAGAACUUUAUGAAAAGACCAAAGCAAGACUUGAUGGAAAGCAAAAGAAUGAUUUUAAGGAAGCAUAAUCAUAUAUUGUGGAAUUGAAUUAAUAAGAGUCAUUCAGCAAAAAAAAAAAAAAAAAACAUUUUUGAGUCUUAUCAGUGAUACACACCUUUGUGUUAUAUUUGCCUAAUUUCAACUUUAUUAUCAUUUUUUUUUUCACUUUUUACUAUGGUAUCCUACAAUGUGGAAAUCUACAACAAUUGUAACACCAGGAUAAGCACUGGGAUUUCUGGUGACUUUACCCCCCCUCCCUCCCGUCCCCUCCAAACUGUCUUGUUGAAAUCAAAAUUGUUAUGCAUUUAUUACACAAAAUGCGUGUCACUGUUAUGACUGAAAUGCUCACUUUGUUGUGUAAUGACCCGUCCUUUUUUUUUUUAAAUAAUAAAUGUGUUGUUGGUAAUAAUUGUACACAACUUUCAUGUAUCUAAAUCACUGAAAUGUUUGCUGCAACAGUAACUUUUUAAAAUGUACUCUAGCUUGUAUUUGGGAAAAUUUGACAUAAUUAUCAUUGAUUUUUGCAAGUGUUUUAUAUAUUUGAGGUAAACGGUAAAUAUUCACAAGGAUUUUUCAAAAUGUUCUCAUGGGUGUUGGAAAUGUUCUUUAACAGACAAUGGAACCUUACACAAUGUCUUAUCCUGAAGAUAGCAGUUGAAAUAUUGCAAGUGAUCUGGUUUGUAUUAUGAUCAAGGUUUUAGUUGAAAUGUUUAACUUCCAAGUAAAAAAUGUUUAAAGUAGAUGUGUAUUUAAUAUUCAGUCUUGUGUCUGUAAAACUGCAAAUCGUGACUGAUGAAUUUGUUUUAAUUGUGGUACAAUCCUACAAACCCCUGUAUAACUCUUAACAUAUAUAGAAACAGCAGUAUAUGCAAGUCAUUAUACUAUGGCUGGCACUUAGAAGAACAAGAUAAUUGCAAUUGUAUUUCACAUACAGGUUUGCCUGUAUUUUUAUGUUUCUGUGGUAUAAGUCAAUUCGCCUCGAUAUAAUUACGCUCUUGUAUGUCGCAUACAGUGGACUACCGGUGUUGUAACUAGUGCUUAGAAUUGAAAAUAGAGAAAAAUCUAUAUACAGUGUUUCAGAAUUCUUUGAAAAGACCUAAAAACAAACUUCACAACUAAAACAAAUCUAUCACAAUUAUAUUUUAUUUGACAAAUCUGUACACAUGUAUAUCACCGAUUUCUAAAUGACAAAAUUGGAUGAGAUGACACACAAUAAAUUUUACACACAUAUAAUCCACAUAGUUCAUAAAGGUAAAGUACAAAACAGACAUCCAUUGCUUCAAAGAAAUAUUAUAUUAUGAUUAAGUGCUUAAUUUAAAUGGAAUACCUUUCUUUACAUUAUCCUUUCUUGCAUCAUUUAACUUUCUCUGAUUAGGUGUUGAAUGUUUAGUGUCUUAUCUAAUCAAUCAGUUAUUAGUAAAUAAUAGUACUAAUAAAUGAAACGGAUAUUCAGACAGAAAGGCAAUUUCUUCUUAAAAUACUCAAGUCAUUUAUCUAACCAUUACUGUAUAUACACUCAUUGAAAAGGGAAAUACCCUUUUCACAUUAAUUAUUUCUUACAUCCAUAAGCCCUUGUUUAGAUAUUUAAGCAAGUUUAGUAGGUUUCUUCUAAAGAAGUCUAGGCUUUCCACUUCAGUGUGUAAGCUCAAGAAAAUGACUAAAAAUGGCAACAACUACUUUAAUUUACUUCAUUAUUAGAUGUUAAAUUAACAAAUAAGAAUUUAAAAUCUACUACUCCUGAUUGAAAAACUAUCACUAACUAAAAUGUAUCUGGGACCAUCUCAGAUUUUGGGGCAAAAAAUUAUCUUCAAAGUUUUUCUAGACAUCACUUCUAACUUUUG